AUGCCACCAAGGAGAGUCUUACGGACACGGACAGUUAAUCCACCCCCACCUCCACCGAUGCCUACAAACGAGGCUGAAUUAAAUGCACUAAUAGAACAGAGGAUCGCCCAAGCUAUCGCACUGUAUGAGGCAUCCCGUGUCGAACAAAGUGGUGGCACCGGCGGAUCGGGAGGCCAGGGCCAAAGCGGUCCUUCAGGUGGAACAAAUAAUACGGGGUGCACAUUCAAGCAGUUUCUGGACUGCAAGCCACUCAACUACGAUGGCACAGGCGGUGCUGUGGCUUACGUGAGAUGGACUGAGAAAACGGAUUCCACAAUCAGAAUGAGCAGAUGUUCCGCUAAUCAGCAAGUCACUUUCGUUACUGGCUUGUUUCUUAACGAGGCCCUCACAUGGUGGAACUUACAAGUGCAAACUUUGGGUGAUAACGCUGCUUAUACGUUAACUUGGGAGGAACUGAAGGAACGUAUGAGGGAUAAGUAUUGUUCUCGUGCUGAACUCCAGAAGUUGGAGAACGAGUUUUGGACCCUUACCAUGGUCGGAGCUGAUAUCACGGGAUAUACGCAAAGGUUUCACGAUCUGUCCCGCGUGAUUCCUUACCUUGUGACACCAGAAUACAAGCGUAUCGAACGCUACAUCUGGGGACUUUCUGACAAGAUUCGAAGUUUGGUUACUGCAGCUGAACCCACGACUAUUACUCAGGCUGUGACUAUAGCCGUGAGUCUUACUGAAGACGGGGUCAGGAUGAAAGUAUUCGGUGAGAAAGGUGAUGAUAAAAAGGAAACACAUGCCGAGUCUUCCAACCGUGGGAAGAGGAAUUACUCGAAUUUCAAGAAGGGAACCCGCGCCACAAACGACACUGGUCCUAAGAAGUACGCUGGUACUUUACCUAAGUGUGAGCGAUGCAAAUAUCAUCACGUGGGUGAUUGUCGGGUUGUCAAGUGUGACAAGUGUGGCAAGAAUGGCCACCGUGCUGAAUCAUGUUGGGGAACGGGAAAUAAUACUGGAUCGGGAAGUGGAUUUGAUAACAAGAAUGGGAACGGGAAUGGUCGUGGUCAAGGAUGCUUUGGAUGCGGAAGCAAAGAUCACUACAAGAAAGAUUGUCCUAAAGAAAACCAAUCUCGUGGUCGAUCUUUUGUGAUUGGAGCCAAGGAUGCGCGCCAAGACCCUAAUGUGGUCACUGGCUUGGAACCUAGUAAGCUAGAUGUUCCAUAUUCUAUAGAAUUGGCUAACGGUAGACUGAUAGAGACGGGAGAAGUUGUUAAGGAGUGUACCUUAGAACUUGGUGAACAAAAAUUCAAUAUCGAUCUCUUACCCAUUGAAUUGGGUAGUUUCGACGUAGUGGUUGGCAUGGAUUGGCUAUCCAACAAUCGAGCCGAAGUCGUUUGCCACGAGAAGAUAAUUCGACUACCACUACCGAACGAAGAGACACUUGUUAUACAUGGAGAGAAGCGUGACACCCCAUUACGGAUCAUCAAUUGCAUGAAAGCACAGAAAUACUUACGGAAAGGUUAUAUUGCCUUUCUAGCGCAUGUUGUAGACAAGAAGGCCGAUGGACCGAAGUUGACGGAUAUUCCGGUAGUAAAAGAGUUUCCUGAAGUCUUUCGUGAAGACUUGCCAGGACUACCACCUAAUCGACAAGUCGAAUUUCACAUCGACUUGAUACGAGACCGUAUCAAGGCGGCUCGCGAUCGACAAAAGCUUUACGCAGAUGGAAAACGAAAACAAACAUCUUUCGAGGUUGGAGAGAAAGUUUUGUUGAAAGUCUCACCUUGGAAAGGCGUAGCGAGGUUCGGUAAACGUGGAAAGCUUAACCCGCGUUACAUUGGACCAUUUGAAAUCUUAGAGAAGAUUGGCACUGUUGCUUACAAGUUGAAGUUACCAGAUGAACUUAGCAGUGUACACCACACGUUUCAUGUGUCGAAUCUUAAAAAGAGUCCAAUACAAGUAACCGUUACCAUUCCUACGGAUGAAAUUCACAUUGACGACAAACUCCAAUUCACGGAGGAACCUGUUGAGGUCACGGACUGGAAGAUGGUUACUAAAGUCUUGCAAGUGGAUGCAAGUGGUGAAAUAUGA